AUGGCGGAUGCAGCAGCAGCACGGGCGACGGCUAUGAAAGGCGUGCAGGCUAUCUUCGAUCGAUACCAUCUAAUCGCCCAAGCCACGAACUUCAACGGCUUCGACCGCCACGUCAUGGAGAACGUCCUGCUAGUCGACGCCUCGCCCGCGGGCACGGCCACCUUCGAGUUCGUAGUUGGGGAGCGGUAUGCGAAUGUCAACGGGGUGAUGCAUGGCGGCGCAGCAGGUGUCAUCUUCGACAUGUGCACCACGACCGCCCUUGGACCCCUCGCUAGACCUGGCUUCUGGGACUUCCUCGGCGGCGUGACCCGCGCCCUCAACAUCUCCUACCUGCGCGCCAUCCCCGUCGACACCACGGUCCGCAUCCACAGCCGGGUCCUGCAAGUUGGGAAGACGAUGGCUUUGAUCCGUGGCGAGAUGACGAGUUUGGAUGGGGAGAAGGUUUAUUGUACGGCUGAGCAUCAUAAAGUCAGCGUCCCAAGCAAGCCAGAACAUCUCCUCUAUAGAAUCGAAUGGGAUUCAAUCUGGGCUCAAGAUAGAGUCGUCGCGGGAACAAGGAAGGCGAGGUUAUAA